GCUGCAGCCACUCCCUUCGGCCGGUGGACCUCCAGUCCAGUCCAGCCCAGCCCACUCCCAGCUCCAGUCACAGUGCGGGUUCGGUUCAGCCUGUGCGCGGCGCACACAGCAGCGGCUCUGCACUGAACUGAAGGCAUCGGGGACGGGCUCCGGGACGCGCUCCACACUUCGGACAAUCUCCUCUGUGAUCCUACUUUUGUCUGUGGAGAGGAUUUACGACGAGAGGGAGCAACUCUUCCACAGAUAGAGGGGGGGGCACUCGAAGCCAAAAUGGAGGUGAAGACGUCACUUCUCGACAACAUGAUCGGGGUCGGAGACAUGGUCCUCCUCGAACCCCUGUCCGAAGACUCGUUUCUGGAGAACCUGCAGAAACGCUUUGACCACAACGAGAUCUACACGUACAUCGGCAGUGUGGUUAUCUCCAUGAACCCCUACAGGUCCCUGCCCAUCUUCACACCAGACAAAGUGGAGGAGUAUCGUAACAGGAACUUUUAUGAGCUCAGUCCACACAUCUACGCUUUGGCAGACGAGGCCUACCGCUCACUAAGAGACCAGGACAAGGACCAAUGCAUCCUCAUCACAGGAGAGAGCGGGGCUGGGAAAACGGAGGCCAGUAAGCUGGUGAUGUCAUAUGUGGCGGCGGUGUGUGGGAAGGGCCAGGAGGUGAAUAAGGUCAAAGAACAGCUGCUUCAGUCCAAUCCCGUGCUGGAGGCCUUCGGAAACGCCAAAACAGUGAGAAACGACAACUCCUCCAGAUUUGGGAAGUACAUGGACAUUGAGUUUGACUUUAAAGGAGAUCCUCUGGGCGGAGUCAUCAGCAACUACCUUCUGGAGAAGUCGCGUGUGGUGAAGCAGCCGCGAGGAGAGAGGAACUUCCACGUCUUCUAUCAGCUGUUGUCCGGAGCCUCUGACGACACACUCAGGAAAUUGAAGCUGGACCGGGACUUCAGCAAGUACAACUAUCUGAGCCUGGACUCUGCUGCGGUCAACGGGCUGGACGACGCAGCCAACUUCCGGACAGUCAGAAAUGCCAUGCAGAUCGUGGGCUUCAUGGAGGACGAGGUGCAGUCGGUGCUGGAGCUGGUGGCGGCCGUGCUCAAGCUCGGCAACAUCGAGUUCAAGCCGGAGUCGCGCUGUAACGGCACCGACGAGAGCCGCAUCAAAGACAAAAACGAUCUGAAGGAGAUGUGUGAGCUGCUGGGGAUCGAACAGUCGGUGCUGGAGAGGGCGUUCAGUUACCGAACAGUGGAAGCCAAGAUGGAGAAGGUGUCCACCACCCUGAACGUGGCCCAGGCCUACUACGCUCGUGAUGCCCUUGCCAAAAAUCUCUACAGCCGUCUUUUCAGCUGGUUGGUUACCAGAAUCAAUGAGAGCAUUAAAGCACAAACCAAAACCCGACACAAGGUCAUGGGUGUACUGGACAUCUAUGGCUUUGAAAUAUUCGAGGAUGGAGACAACAGCUUUGAGCAGUUUAUCAUCAACUACUGCAACGAGAAGCUGCAGCAGAUCUUUAUCGAACUGACGCUUCGGGAGGAGCAGGAGGAAUAUGUCAGAGAGGGCAUCGAGUGGACCAACAUCGAAUACUUCAACAACGCAAUUAUCUGCGACCUCAUCGAGAAUAACCAGAACGGCAUCUUGGCCAUGUUGGACGAGGAAUGUCUGAGACCCGGGACCGUUACCGACGAGACCUUCCUGGACAAACUGAACACGGUGUGCGCCGAACACCAGCACUUCGAGAGUCGACUCAGCAAGAAUUCAAAGUUCCUGACCGACCACAGCCUGCCACACAACUGCUUCCGCAUCCAGCACUACGCCGGAAAGGUGCUGUACCGCGUGGAAGGCUUCGUAGAUAAGAACAACGACCUGUUGUACAGAGAUCUGUCCCAGGCCAUGUACAAGGCCAACCACAGCCUCAUCAAACAGCUGUUUCCUGAGGGGAACCCAGCCAAAGUCAACCUGAAGAGACCCCCCACCGCCGGCUUCCAGUUCAGAGCGUCGGUGGGCACGCUGAUGAAAAACCUGCAGACCAAGAACCCCAACUACAUCCGGUGCAUUAAGCCCAAUGACAAGAAGGCAUCCCAUAUUUUCACCGACUCCCUGGUCCGUCAUCAAGUGCGCUACCUGGGCCUGAUGGAGAACGUCCGUGUGAGACGAGCCGGCUACGCCUUCCGACAAGCGUACGAGCCUUGUCUGGAACGCUACAAAAUGCUGUGCAAACGGACCUGGCCCCACUGGAGAGGACCGGCAAGGGAAGGCGUUGAGGUGUUGAUGACCGACCUCCAGGUCCCGGCUGAAGAGUUCUCCUACGGCCGCUCCAAAAUCUUCAUCAGGAACCCCAGAACGCUUUUCUUCUUGGAGGAGCGGAGGAGGCAGUGUCUGGAGGACCUGGCCACGCUCAUCCAGAAGAUCUACCGCGGAUGGAAGUGUCGCACCCAGUUCCUGCUGCUGAAGAAGAGUCAGGUCACAGUGGCAGCGUGGUACCGCAGAUAUGCACAACAGAAGAAAUACAAGAGGAUCAAAAGUGCGACUACCGUGGUGCAGUCGUACACCAGAGGAUGGCAGGCUCGUAAACUCCUCAGAGAGCUGAAGUAUCAGAAGCGGUGUGAGGAGGCGGUGACCACCAUCGCGGCCUUCUGGCACGGCACCCAGGCUCGGACGGAGCUGAGACGUCUUAAACAAGAAGCGAAGAAUAAACAUGCUGUGACAGUAAUUUGGGCUUUCUGGCAGGGAACCAAGGCCAGACGAGAGCUGCGUCAGCUGAAGGAGGAGGCCAGGAAUAAACACGCCGUGUCGGUCAUUUGGGCGGGCUGGCAGGGCACCAAGGCACGCAGGGAGCUGAGGAGACUGAAGGAAGAAGCCAGGCGUAAGCACGCUGUCGCUGUCAUCUGGGCCUACUGGCAGGGACUCAAGGUGCGCAGAGAGUAUAGAAAGUUCUUCAGGGCGAACGCAGGAAAGAAGAUCUAUGACUUCACCAUCCAGCGAAUUAUUCAGAAAUACUUCCUAAACCUGAAGAGCACAAUGCCCUCCAUGUCACCGAUAGACAAGAACUGGCCCACCAGGCCUUACCUGUUCCUGGAUGGAGUCCACACGGACCUGAGGAGGAUCUUCCACCUGUGGAGGUGCAAGAAAUACCGAAGCCAGUUCACAGAGGAGAAGAAGGCGGUGUACGAGGAGAAGCUGGAGGCCAGCGAGAUCUUCAAGGAUAAAAAGGCGCUUUACCCGAGCAGUGUGAGCCAGCCGUUUAAAGGAGACUACCUGGAGAUCAGCAAGAACCCCAAGUACCAGAAGCUGAACAGCGCCGUGGACGAGAAGGUCCUGCUGGCCGACGUGGUCAACAAGAUCAACAGAGCCAACGGGAAAGGUACAGCCCGGAUCUUCCUGCUGACCAAGAAGAGCGUGGUCCUGGCCGACCAGAAGACGGGUCAGGUCAAGGCCAGCGUCCCUCUGCCGGACCUCAGCAGCGUGUCCGUCAGCACGCAGACCGACGGCUUCUUCGCUCUCAGACUGAAAGAGGGCUCAGCAUCAGCUGUUAAAGGAGACUUCUUACUAAGCAGCGAACAUCUGAUCGAGAUUAUCACCAAACUCCACCGCGUCGGAGCCACUACCGCAGACAUGGAGCAGCUCAACGUCGACAUCUCCGACGAGUUUCUGGUGCAGUUCAAACAGGACAAAGUGUGUGUGAAAUUCAUUCAGGGAGUCCCCAAGAACGGCAACAGCGUGUCCUGCAAACGCAAGAACAACCGCCUGCUGGAGGUGUCGGUUCCCACCACGCCGUAGUGCAGCUCCGCCUCGCCACUGCUGUUCAUGGGCGCUUAGAUCGGGAAGGGGGGGGGGCAGUCGAACACCGAAUCCCCCCCCCACUCGGCGCCCAUGUCCAACCCAAAAAUCGUCAGUGCAGUUAUUGGACUGGUUGUGUUUUUCUUCCUCUCGUCUCUUCUUUGUCAGAUCUACCACGGCACCUCUAUAUCUGUAACCAUGUGCCACUGAUUUUAAAACCAAACAAAGAAACAAAGCUCUGAUCUGGAACUGGGUCCAACGUUUCACUGGUUUACUCUAAAACUGGGGUAGGAAAAAAAAAAAAAAAGGAAAGGAAAGUGGCGGUGGGCUGCAGAGACUUUUGUAUUAUAAAUGACGAUGAUGGUGAUAAUUGUUCUGUCUGUGUAUCGUAGUCGUCUUCAGAGGGAAGACGUUGGCGACUGGCUCCGGCCUCAACUGGCCUCGCGUCAUCCAUUUUUUUUAAGCAGCACCGACUAAAGACGGCUUAGAAGCGGAGAUGACCCCAGGAGCUUUUGGGUUUGGGAGCCUAUCUAUAAAGAACGUACGUUACUGCACUUGUUUUCACCUCGGCGUAACCAAAAGAGGCGGAAUUUGAUUGUACGUUGUAUUUUCUAUCUAAUUUUCUGAACCAUAGCACAGCGGGUAGUCGACACGCACCAAACGCUCGUCAGAUGUACUUUUACUAGAACGUAGUGGAACCACUUUUGUAUCGGCGAUUCGUACGUGCCAUUCUGACGUGUGCAUCGGACAGAUUUAGAAAAACAAAACAAAACAAAAAAAAAAGGAACAAAAAAAACCAAACA